AUGUCAUUGGAAGCGUCUAUGAUUGUAAUCGAUAACUCGGAGUGGAUGCGGAAUGGCGACUAUACUCCCACUCGACUAGUAGCUCAAAACGAAGCUGUCAAUCUUAUCUUUUCCUCAAAAACACAAGCCAAUCGGGAAAACACAGUCGGUCUCAUGACGAUGGCUGGCAAGAGCCCUGAAGUGCUGGUGACAUUGACAUCGGAUGUGGGCAAGAUCCUUACAGCGUUGCACGGCGUCAAGAUCAGUAACAAGGCCGACUUUAUGACGGGAAUACAAAUUGCACAGCUUGCCUUAAAACACAGACAAAACCGAAACCAGCGUCAAAGGAUCAUUGUAUUUGUCGGCAGUCCUGUUGAAACCGAAGAACGAACAUUGGUACGGCUUGCAAAGAAGAUGAAAAAGAACAACGUUGCCGUCGACAUUAUCAACUUUGGAGAAGAAGCACAAAAUACAGCCAAAUUGGAAGCAUUCAUCAACAAUGUGAACAAUGGCGAUAACAGUCAUCUUGUAAGCAUUCCACCAGGACCACAUAUUUUGAGCGAUAUGCUUCUUUCCACAAGUAUCUUAUCCGGCGAGGAAGGUGCUGCUGCUGCUAACUUUGGCAGUGGUGGUGGCGGUGGUGGCGACUUUGAGUUUGGUGUGGACCCCAACUUGGAUCCAGAAUUGGCAUUGGCAUUGCGUAUUUCUUUGGAAGAAGAAAAGGCUCGUCAAGAAGCUGAAGCCGCAAAGCAAGGUGGCAGUGGCGACGACAAGGCACAAGGUGAAUCAUCAUCUUCAGGAGGUGACAAGAUGGCAGUGGAUUCCAAACCUACGACGAGCCAAGGAGAACCAGCAGCAGCACAUGAUACCGAAGAUGCUGAAUUACAAGCAGCUUUGGCUAUGUCAAUGCAAGAUAAGCAAGGCAGUGGUGCACAGGACGAGGAUGUGCAUAUGGAAGACUUGAGUGAACAAGACCAAUUACAGCGUGCUUUGGAAAUGUCCAUGAACAAUGAAGGCGGUGGUGAUGCGGAUGAGAUGAUGGCAGUCUUGAACUCGCUACCUGGUGUUGAUGCAAAGGAUGAGCGUAUCCAAAAGGCACUUGAAGGACUACAAGACAAGAAGGAUAAGGAUUCUAAAAAGGAUGAAGACAAGGAUAAUAAAUAA